AUGCGACCCAGCCAGUGGAUUAGUGUGAGGGAACUUCCAGAUUUCACAGCGACUCCUCCCCCAGCAUGGUCAAGAGGUUUUAGUGGCUGCUGCAUGGCAAGGGAUCACUUUGAGGGCCUCAGUCCUCAAAUGGCAGCCGUGGCAAACGUGAGCGCGCAGCGAAAAGAUUCACGUGGAACUGAAAUAAUGUCUGCUACGCACACCGAAGGUCUAGAUGUUUUCGAGGGUGGGACGAUAGAGGUGCCUGCGAAGAAAAAAAAGAACUUCUUCGUGGAAAAUUGGUUCAUGAUCACGACAAUUAUCGGUGUGGUGAUAGGGUUUGGUGUCGGCUUCGGCAUCCAGAAGGUUGGUAUCAGUGAAGCUGGCAAAAUCUGGAUUGGUAAGCUCGAUCUUUUGUGCCACUGGUAA